AGCUUUUGUACAAGGGUGGAUCAUCCAUUGAGUAGUCCUUUCUUGCAUUUGCUGAUCAGUGUAUUACAAGCUGCACACUCCAACUUCAGACUCCAUUCAUGGCGGGAUGUUUAGCUUUGUGUAGGGCUGAGACAAUGGGUGUUUUUAUAUUCCUUAGACCUAUAACAUCAAGUCUGGGCAUUGAGAGAAGUGCAGGAGGAAAUUCUUCAGCCUCUGUCCCUUCAGGGGGCAUCAGGACUGAGGCUGAUCUCCCUGAGGUUACUCUUCCCACAAUACUGUACAGGCUGAUCAUUCAAGGGUAUUACAAUCGCAUGCAUGAGCUGCAGUUAUAUGAAAAACAGCUUUAUGGCCCCAUGUUCAAAGUAAGAGGUGGCAACAAUCACCCAAUUGCACUGAAUAGUGUAAAGUUGCUGGAGGAGCUGAUGAGGAAAGAUGAUAAAUUCCCUAGCAGAGGUGACAAGCUCUGGAAUGAAUACCGAGAUAUGCACGGUUUGGGUUAUGGGCCUGUCACUGAGGAAGGAGAGAAGUGGUACAAACUCAGAUCUGUGCUGAACAAGCGUAUGCUGCAUCCAAAAGACUCUGUGAAGUAUGACAAUGUGGUUAAUGAGGUGGUCACAGAUUUUAUCAAACGGAUAUGCCAUCUACGCAAGAUGAGUUCCACUGGAGACCUGGUACCCAACAUAUCCAAUGAGCUGUACCGUUUCAGUCUAGAAGGAAUUUCCCGCAUAUUGUUUGAGACUCGUAUUGGCUGUCUUGAAAAUGAGAUUCCGGCAGAGACUCAAAAUUUCAUCAACUCCAUUGCCCAAAUGUUCACUUAUACUAUGGCUAUAAUUCUGUUACCCAAGUGGACUCGAAAUUAUUUGCCAUUCUGGCGCCGUUACACAAGCGGUUGGGACGGAAUCUUCAGAUUUGCCUGCAAGUUAAUUGACAGGAAGAUGGAGGACAUUCAGCAGCGCCUGGAUGCAGGUCAGGAAGUUGCAGGAGAAUAUCUCAGCUACUUGCUUUCUAACACCAACAUGAGUAAGAAGGAUGUAUACGGCAGCAUUACUGAGCUACUUCUGGGAGGAGUUGACACAACAUCCAACACCAUGAUGUGGGCCUUGUACUUACUGUCACAAGAUCCAAAGGCACAAGAUGCACUGUAUCAGGAAGUUAACAGUGUCAUCAAGGGGGACAACAUUCCAACAGCUGAGGAUAUAAACAAAAUGCCCUAUCUCAAGGCGGUCAUCAAAGAGACUCUAAGAAUGUACCCAGUGGUUCCCAUAAACACACGCCUUCUGUCAGAAAAAGACAUGAUUAUCGGAGGACACUACUUUCCGAAGAAGACCACAUUUAUAAUGCAUCAUUAUGCAAUUGGACAUGAUGAGACGAUAUUUCCUGAACCAAGAGUCUUCAAGCCUGAGCGUUGGUUAAGGGAUGGGAGGGAGCGUCCCAGCCCAUUCGGAUCCAUUCCAUUUGGGUUUGGAGUGAGAGGGUGUGUGGGCAAACGUAUCGCUGAACUGGAGAUGCACUUGGCUCUGGCAAGGAUAAUAAAGCGGUUUGAAGUCAAGCUAGAUCCCAGAGUUGGAGAGGUCAAAGCUCUCAGUCGUGUUGUCCUUGUUGCAGACAAACCAGUAAAUUUUCAUUUUCUGGAGCGGAAAGAAGUAACCACUUAGAGCUGCUCUGACCUUUAACAUGCACCAAUUUAGCUAUUUAAUAAAUUCAUACACCCUGCAUAUAAUUCUUUCUAAAGACCCUGCAUCCAACUAGAUACAUGUGCCAUGUUAACACAGUGACAUGUUAUCUCAUUUUAGUACCAUGGCGCUGCCAUUUUCGUAAACUAGGCAGCUGAACAAAAGUUUGCAGAGAUUGUUCCAUCAUCAAUAAGAAAAUCAACCUCAGUCAUUCUACCAUUAAUUAUGUAGGCUCUAUAAUCUUAUUGGUGAUAUACAUAUGUAUGCAUGCAUGUACAGUAUGUAUGUGUGUAUGUAUGUAUGUGUGUAUGUAUGUAUGUGUGUAUGUUUGUUUGUAUGUAUGUAUGUAUGUAUGUAUGUAUGUAUGUAUGUAUGUAUGUAUGUAUGUAUGUAUGUAUGUAUGUAUGUAUGUAUGUAUGUAUGUAUGUAUGUAUGUAUGUAUGUAUGUAUGUAUGUUUGUAUGUAUGUAUGUGUGUAUGUAUGUAUUGAUGCAAAUGAAGAAACACUGCACAAGAAGAGCAUGUAUUUUAGUUAUUUCUAUUAGUAUCCAUUACUAAGUCAAUGCCAUUCAAUAGUUAUGAAUUGUUUUUUUUUUUUCAAUAUUCUUGAAAGAAAUUAAUUACAGCACCCUUUUCAUUUUUUUCAGUGUGUAUACUGAAAUCAAAAGCAUAGCUGAAAUCAAAAGCAUUAAUGUUGUGGUAUGCUCAUUUAAAAAUGGUCUAGAAAAUAUUAAGAAUAUUUAACAACUUGAAACACAUGCACACACAGGUACAUUGGGGCAAAUAAGUAUUUGAUACACUGCCAAUUUUUCAGGUUUUCCCACUUACAAAGAAGGGAGAGAUCUGUAAUUUUCAUCGUAGGUACACCUCAACUGUGAGAGACAGAAUCUAAAAUAAAUCCAUUGUAUUGUAAAAUCAUUGUAUGAUUUUUUUAAUAACUAAUUUCCAUUUUAUUGCAUUAAAUAAGUAUUUGAAACAAUAGAAAAUAAGCACUACCGAAUAAGUAGGUUUUAAGUUUUGAUUUAAAUGUGGGUAGAGAGACAAGGUUAUGGAUAUUUUCAAUGUUAUUAAGAUUUAAAAUUGACACCAUGUUUUAUAGGGAGGACACUGAAUUAUUGAAGGGAGGGUGUAUUGUGAUGCAUGAUGGGAAUUUGAGUUUGAUACAGGCAGCAGAGUUCUGAAUAAGUUGUAGUUUGUGGUAGGCCAGCUAAAAGCGUAUUACAGUAUAUUAGCACCUCCACCCAUAUUUCACCCCAAAUCUAUCAGGACAAAAAUUGUUAAGAGUCCAACAUCAUGACUUUCACUAAAGUAGUGUUUGUACUGUGUUUAGUACAAAACCCAGAUUGAAAUCAUUCAAAUAGAUUAUUGUCACUAUUGAGCAUGAACCUGUAUUAUCAUAUUGAUAAUAUUAUAUCAUAUUAUUACAUUAAUUAUUGUAAAUCAUACAUUAAAAUCUAUACAGAAAUGUUUAAAUGACCACAGAUUCAAAUGUUUGUCAUGGCUAUAAGUCUACUGACUUAACCUGUGUAAAGCCAACAUUAAAUCUCACUGAAUAACAGUACAGAGAGCUAAGGAGGAAAGUCCACAAGAGAGAACUGCAGGAUCUGGAGAGACUGUGUACUUUGGAGUCAUCUCAGAUUGCUUGUUUUGUUUCUUUCCGAUCUCAUCAAGAAUUUGAAGACAUUUUGUUAUAUUGAGAACGGGAGGAUUGCAAAAAGUCCAUCUGGGAUUCCUUCAAGCUGUCUGGUCCACCUUAUGUGUGUGUAAUAAUUUGCUCUACAUCAUUCUUAGUAUCAUUCUUAUUAUUUUUAUUUAAUUUCUGUACAAAUUUGGAGUGAUUCACUUUUACUGAUCUUUUUGUAUCCUGAGAACUGCACUGUAAUCCCAACAUAGAAAUUAAGCCAAUAAAAAAGAAAUUCUUCA